AUGCUUGAAUCAAUCGACAGUCUGGGUCUAGGGGGCCCUUCCUUCCCCCAGCGGAGGGAUCAAUGCAGGCCAGACUAUGCCAACGAGGCGAUUUUCCGUCGAAACACGCUGCCGCCGCGGUCCUACUGGAUCCCAAACACUUCUCUGUCACUCAACCGUGCCUGGGACUUUUAUUACGCCGGCAGUCCCCUCGAAGCCGCUGAUUGCGAUCAACGACAAACCUCCUGGACCACGAUCCAAGUGCCGGGCCAUUGGCAGCUUCAAGGCCAUGGCCGGCCUCAGUAUACGAAUAUCGUCUACCCAUUUCCAGCCUGUCCACCCCAUCUUCCGGACGAGAACCCCACGGGCACGUAUCGGCGGACCUUUUCUGUGCCUCCCGAUUGGGACUGCAGUGCCCAGUUGCGACUACGCUUCGACGGUGUCGACAGUGCCUAUCACGUCUGGGUCAACGAUGAUUUCAUCGGGUACGCCCAAGGCAGCCGGAACCCCGCCGAAUUUGACAUUACGGCCGCCGUCAAACGCGACAAACCCAAUAAGCUUCUGGUCCGCGUUUAUCAAUGGUCAGACGGCUCUUAUAUCGAGGAUCAGGACCAGUGGUGGCUUUCCGGUAUUUUUCGGGACGUCCAUCUCAUAGCCUUUCCAGCGACAUGCCGAAUUGACGACUUUUUCAUUCGAGGGGACCUUGACUCUGCCUACGAGCAUGGCUUUCUCCGCGUGACGGUCGAUGUCCACAGCCCCAAAGGCGGGCUUGUUGCGGUUGCCCUGCGCGAGAGGGCCGACCGUGGAGGCAAGGCCAUAGGCAGUGCCGAGAAAGGGUUUGGGGCAAAUACGACGCAAGUCGAGCUUGAGAUACGCGUGGACAAUCCAAACAAGUGGACGGCGGAAACUCCUUACUUGUACAAUGUCGAGAUUACAUUGACGGAUGGCGACAAUACGGACCGUGUCGAGCAUUCAACGGGCUUUCGAAGGGUCGAGCUCAAGAAUGGCUUGCUCACUGUGAACGGAAAAGCCAUUCGACUCCGCGGUGCAAACCGGCAUGACCACCAUCCUCGGCUGGGCCGUGCGGUGCCACUCGAGUUCGUCCGCCACGACCUGAUUUUGAUGAAGAGACACAACAUCAACGCCGUACGUUGCUCGCACUACCCGUCCCACCCGGGCCUCUACGCUCUAGCCGACGAGAUCGGUCUCUGGGUCAUGGACGAGGCCGACCUGGAAUGUCAUGGAUUCUCCGAGGUCGUCGCCACCAACACCGCAGACUGGGACGGCGGAGAAGCUUCGUACGAGCGGUGGAUUGGUACGGUGUCUAAGCAGGCGAGAAAAUACUUGUCGGACAACCCGUCGUGGAAAGACGCGUACGUCGACCGAGCCGUCCAGAUGGUCCAGCGGGACAAGAACCAUGCCAGCGUAAUUAUUUGGUCGCUCGGCAACGAGUCAUUCUGCGGGCAGAAUCACGUCGCAAUGUACGAGGUAUGCAAGCGCCUCGACCCGAGUCGCUUGGUCCAUUACGCAGAAGACACCGAUAUGGGGACGACGGACAUCUACUCGUUCAUGUACGCGGCUGUCGACGCCCUUGUAGAGAGAGCCUCAACGAGAGACGUUGCUGCUGACGGCACAUUCACAAAGCCCGUGAUAUUGUGCGAGUACGCCCAUGCCAUGGGCAACGGUCCUGGUCUCCUCGAGGACUACGAAGAGGUCUUUCGCUCGCACCCACGCAUCCAGGGCGGCUUCGUCUGGGAGUGGGCGAACCACGGCCUUUACCAGGUUCGCUCAGACGGCAAAGCGUUUUAUGCACAUGGCGGGGACUUUGGCCAGAAGGUCCACGACGGUACCUUCGUCAUGGACGGACUUUGCAAUAGCGAGCAUGAGCCCACUCCGGGACUCACAGAACUGAAGAAAGUAUAUCAGCCUGUUUCAGUUCAUCUGGUGGAUCGAAACUUGAUCAUUGAGAAUGCAUACGACUUUGUCGACCUUGAGCAUUUGGAGGUGACAUUCAAAGUCGAAGAAUUUGGGCGAAGCUCCACUAUACUCUUGGACGGCCAGCUGAAACUUCCUCCUAUUGUGCCAGGUGCCAAAACAGCUGUUGGCAUUCCUAACGCUGUAUUUGAGCACAAGUCCAAGUCCGAGUUGAUACUCACUGUGGACUUUCGAUUGAGGCAAGCUGCACGUUGGGCAGAGAAGGGUUAUGAAGUUGGCUGGUUCCAGCACCAACUCUCGCCGGGAUGUCGUCUCCCAAUUCCCUUACCCUCAGGGUCAUCCGUGCCAAUGAUCCACAACGACAACUCUACACUGACGAUCUCAACACCCAAGUCCACAUUCACUUUCAGCCGAGUACGCGGUCUUCUCAAAUCUUGGACCACUCCUUCCGGCCCAGUCAUCUCAGAGUCCUUGGACCGCAGGGAUACCCUGAUCCCUGGUUUCUCGCGACCUCCGACGGACAAUGACAUGCCUAGAGCUCUUCCCCACUGGCGAUCUUUUGGUGUUGACAAGAUCACUUCCCAACUUCGCUCCAUGGUGUUUGACCAAGAGUCCCGAUCUAAUCCCCUUACCUUGACGACACAGACAUACAUUGCUCCGCCCUCCCUGGGUUGGGGCUGGCAUGCAACCACCACUUACCAGUUUCAGCCGGACGGCUCCGCGUUGUCAGUCUUUGUCCACUUGGAGAAGCCAGUAGGGGCUGUCCCUAAACAUCUCCCUCGAAUGGGAAUAGAUGUUGUCCUAGCAAAGGCUCUCAGCCAGAUCAAGUGGUUUGGUCGUGGUCCUGGAGAGUCGUAUCCGGACAAGAAAUCCAGUCAGCGCUUCGGGGUUUGGGAAGUUGACGACGUUGCCCAGUUGCAAACCCCAUACGACGUCCCACAGGAGAAUGGAAAUCGCAUGGACACUCGCUGGCUAGAGUUGACAGCCGAAGGAACAGGUCCGACAGUGAGAGUGACCAGUAUUGACACGGCGUAUCCCUUCGGGUCUGCCAACGCUACACAGGAUUCAGCAGAUCGAUCUCGAUCGACACCGCAACCGGUAUUCAAUUUUACAGCAACGCGUCACUCAGCCGACAUGCUCGAGAAAGCUCCACAUCCCUGUGAUCUCCUCGAGGAAGAUGCCACUUUACUCCGUCUGGACACGGCAGUCAGCGGUGUGGGAACGGGUGCUUGUGGCCCUGCUACGCGAGAAGAACAUAUGGUGAAAGCCGCUGGAGCCAGUUUUGGCUUCGUGUUGGAAUUGAGAUAG